AUGUUGAAAUACGGCGUUCCAGCCGAUAUAUGUGAUAACGAUGGACGAACUCCUCUCCUAUCAGGUCUUGCACUGAUAGGAAAUGCCAUGGGGGCAAUAGAAUGUGGGAAUAUUAAUAAUAUUCUGUUCUCUAGCGUUUCAGAUGAUCUGGUUCACGACUUCAACAAAGCCGAUCAGAUGAAGAGAUAUGACAGUCAUGGAGUGAAGGUUAAGCUAAUGAGGUCCUCGCAACAGAUGGCUGAAGCUAUGGGUUGUAACAGAUUAGCUAUAGCUAUAUUACAGCAAAAUGGAAAGGAGCUCCAGAGGCUUCUCCAUGUGGAACCAUCAUUGGCUGACGAGGAGAACGCAUUCAACGACUCCCCUGCGCAUUUGGCUAUCCCUUGGCCUGAAGGACUGGAAUAUCUGCUUGGUUCUUGCGGUCUGCCACCCGUCAUUCCAGGACAGCUGAACACCCUGCAGCAUGCCGUAUCUUACAGCUCUGGUGUCUGCACCAAUAAUGCGGAGCUCAAGUUUUGCUCAAACUGCUCUUGCUUUAGACCUACAGAGAUUGUUUUGCAACACAGCCCUAGAAUGGACCGUCACUACGAUUUCAUGACCCUGUUAAUUUUUGCAUCUCAUCGAACUAGGCUUCUUUUACUCAAACAUUUAAAAGCUUCGCGGGAGCGCUUGCGGAGCUAUGCACUGGACCACUUCCAAACUGAUGACUCCAGGAGACUAGGACUCUUUUCAACUCGGAUUCUUGACGCCAAAACGAAAGAUGUCAUUGAAAUCUUGCAGCAAAUGUCUAUAAGAAUUUCGCCCGGCCUUUUCAGUGGGAUUCUAGAUCCUACUUGUGCUGCUACUUCCGGUGUAUCAAGCUGGGAAUCUGUCUAUACCUAUAUCGAUUGCGCAGCAAUAGCAGAUAUGGCCUUUGGAUUAGGAUUCGGUGACGUGGAUGUUCCAGGUAGUGAUGGAAACACACUUAUUUCUAAGGCACGAUCUCUUGGCUACAUUCUCUGGCUUUUGGAUCAUGGUGCAGACCUCUCAACACCUUCUGAGCAUAUUAUAGGCUCGAAGCUCAACCAAGUUGCGGCUCACGGGGUAGCUGGUUGGUUCGGUGGUCAUCUUCUAUCUCGCUGCAGUAGCCGGAGUAUGUCAAAGGAAGAUUGGCCCAAAUCCACUGAUGGAUCAUCUGAAAAGCGCUUGAUGUCCUAUUUGUUGAAUGUUCACGCCAAUGACGCCUGCGAUUGUGCUUGCUCGAUUCGAGGCUGUACGGUCUUUCUCAGCAUCCUCAAAGGUUACUUCUGCGAUGGUCGCCUCGGGAAUUACUCUGAAACGGGUAUACCUCGGGAGGAGGAAAUCUUUUGCUCCUAUGAGCUGUAG